AUGAAUAAUAACGGACCAUACGGUCCGUAUAUGUGGGGCCCUUUGGCCAGUUCGCCGUCAUGUCAUUUAGUCAACGGACACAUCGAUGGAUCUCCGGUGCUGUCGAGCGCCGCCUCCGUAUACCAUCGGUUAUCGCCUUUCGAUGGAUACUAUGCCUCACCGUUUCAUACGAGUCCGUCUGCCCUAUCAUUGCGUGGUCUGAGUCCUGAUUUAUCGGCGCCGACAGUACUGCACAAUGAUUACCUACAACAGGUCAGUCUACUUAACCAGCGUAUGGCCGCCUCGAUGGCAGCCCUAUCGGCCGGUCAGAGUCAGGACCUCAAUGUUCACCAUCACCUCCACAACGAGGCAACGCUGGCGGCGGCCGCCGCUGCUUACGCGGCCUCCACCUCAUCCAUGGACGGCCCCUUCAGAGCCCCGACUUCGGCCAGUAAUGCCCUCACGUCCGGCCGCAAGAGAGCCCUCUCCGCCUCUCCCUAUUCCGACUCAUUUGACAUCAAUUCAAUGAUACGAUUUUCGCCCAACUCUUUGGUCUCGUUUAUGAACGGUUCCCGUUCUUCGAGCGCCAGCGGAUCCUACGGUCAUCUGUCCGUCAGUGCCGAUUUAUCGGCGCCGACAGUACUGCACAAUGAUUACCUACAACAGGUCAGUCUACUUAACCAGCGUAUGGCCGCCUCAAUGGCAGUCCUAUCGGCCGGUCAGAGUCAGGACCUCAAUGUUCACCAUCACCUCCACAACGAGGCAACGCUGGCGGCGGCCGCCGCGGCCUAUGCGGCCUCCACCUCAUCAAUGGACGGCCCCUUCAGAGCCCCGACUUCGGCCAGUAAUGCCCUGACGUCCGGCCGCAAGAGAGCCCUCUCCGCCUCUCCCUAUUCGGACUCAUUUGACAUCAAUUCAAUGAUACGAUUUUCGCCCAACUCUUUGGUCUCGUUUAUGAACGGUUCCCGUUCUUCGAGCGCCAGCGGAUCCUACGGUCAUCUGUCCGUCAGUGCCGGCACUAUGAGUCCAUCGUUGGGAAUGCAGUCGAGCGGCUGUACUGUUCUUCCCUCACAUUUGCAUCACUUGAUGCGAUCGCCAAUACUUCUACCUCAGGGCCCGUCAUCGCUGGCCCACAACACCUCCGCCGCCAACCUUACGGGCUCUGCCUUCACACCACAUCACCCGCACCUCAUCCACAGUCAACUAUCGAUGAACGCGGCGUCCAAACUGUCACAUAUGGUGGACGUAAUGCCGCCGCCACAGCACACGACCCGCGAGACCGCCUCAAACGUGGUCUCGUCGACUGUCGGCGAUCACGACGUGAGGGCCGGACUGACGGCGCGAACCAAAAUCAAACGCGAGGACAACGCGGGCGGAGAGGACCAGAACGACGACCACACAGAGCCCGGAGACUUCAUCGAAACCAACUGUCACUGGAAAGAGUGUUCGCAUGAGUUCACCACUCAGGAGGAACUCGUCAAACAUAUCAACAACGAUCACAUCCACGGCAACAAAAAGAGUUUCGUCUGUCGUUGGAAGGAAUGCUCGCGUGAAGAGAAACCAUUCAAAGCCCAGUAUAUGUUAGUCGUCCACAUGAGACGACACACCGGCGAAAAGCCACACAAAUGCACGUUUGAAGGCUGUGCGAAAGCGUAUUCACGGCUCGAGAACCUAAAGACCCACUUGAGAUCCCAUACGGGAGAAAAGCCCUAUAUGUGUGAGUUUCCCGGCUGUUCGAAGGCCUUCUCCAACGCCAGCGAUCGGGCGAAACACCAGAACAGAACCCACUCUAAUGAGAAGCCCUAUGUGUGCAAAGUUCCCGGUUGUGUCAAGAAGUACACCGACCCCUCCUCUCUCAGGAAACACGUCAAGACAGUCCACGGGCCAGAAGUGUACGCUAAUAAAAAGCAUAAAGAUCACAAUAAUAGUCCCAAAGAAAGCGGCCCUUUGAACGAUGUGUUCAAAAGUGAGUUCAAUCACAACAGCUCUCCAAAGGGUUCGCCCGAUAAUGAGUCCAAAACGCCUCCAACUGUGGGCAGCUCUCCGACCGGGUCUUCCGGUUCAGGCUCUGGGUCUGGAUCUCCGCCCAACUCAGCCACUAAUCAUCCGAUGUGUGGCGACUUCGGUGGCGAUGGUUUUGAUCAACCAAUCAGUGAUAACUCUGUCUCAACCACUUGUAUCGGAGGCGCCGAUCAAGACUGGUCUGCGGCCGACGCUAUCACUGUUGAAGUGGACACCGGUUUGGAUAGGAUUGGCGGCGGAGGAGACGCUAUGAUCGGUAUUCAGCCGAGAGUUGUUCCGCGACCGCGAAGUUCUAUUAAGAGUAACAUCAAAGCCAUUAAGUCUGGCAUUAAAUCGGCCACGAAUUGGAUCCCAUUCUUUAGGAAUAGUUCGCAUAACAAUAAUAACAAGAAUUGCAACUAUUCUUCAGUCAAUAGUAACUGCAAUAAUAAUAAACUAUUAGGCAAUAAUCAAAGCAAUCAAAUGUCUUGCAAAAAGAAGGGCAACAAAUCAAAGCUCAUACGACAGGGCAGUACAUCCAGUAUUAACUCCAACUCCUUCUACAGUUCAGUCUUGGGUUCAGACAAUUCUCACACGUCUUCGCAGCUGACAAACAGCACUUCCUCCGCACCGCAAGUGAUGCUCACAUCCAAUGGAGAGCUGAUUCGGUGCACGUCUUACGACCCGAUCUCUAUCGGCGGUUCGUCGCGCCGCUCGUCGGACGCCAGCUGUUCCGAUAUAGCGGCCAAUCGGCGCACGUCUUCCACUUCUUCACAGCCCAAACACUUGACACAAACCGACAAUUUGGUGAUUCAACAGCAGUCCGUCGCGCUUAACGCCGACCGCUAUUCUUCGUCGGUCUCGUCCAUCGGCUCGAGUGUCAGCACUCGACGCAAUCGGGCAGUGGUUCCGCCGCCACCGCCGCCCAGUCUUAACGAAAACACAUCCACUUCUUAUCAUCCGAACGAAAGCGUAACUCUCGAUGAAUGCGAUUCCGACCAACCGAUCGAAACCAUGAACAAUAUGAUACUCCCCGACGAUAUGGUCCAAUAUCUGAACGAGAAAUCAAACAAAUCCAACGAAUCCAUGGCUCAGACACUGCCCGUCGCUCAAGAAGUUGUGCAAAACAAUACCGCGUGUAAUAAACUGCAUAAAGAUAUGCACAGAGCUGUGAUACCACCCCAACCACUGCCUCCAAUCCAAGUCCACUCUCCGCCAACCAAUUUCAACAUCACAUCCAAUAAUUGCAAUACAAAUAAUACUCGCAACGAGUUUAGGGCGCCGUCCGUUCCGAUGCUCUCGCCGUCGACGCCGGCCUCCGUCCAGAUUAUGUCACCGCAAACACCGAUGCAGACGUCGCCCUCAUCCGUGUCGAUGAUGUCACCGCCGAUGGCUAAACCACAGCUGAGUCCCAAUCAAAAUACGAAUAGUAAUCCACUAAACAGUCCGAUGAAACCAGUGCUCAAUAAUACAAACGCCGCAAACAUUGCGAAUAAUGUACCGAAUAAUACAGUUUUGAAUAAUAAUAAUAAUAUUGCUGUAAAUACUAUACAAUCGGGUCUCAGACCCAACGCAUGCAAUCAAUUGCAACAAAUGGCUCAAAACAAUUCUCAACAAACGGCCGCCGCUUCUUAUGGUCGGGCCAUUCAAAUGCCAAACACGACCGCAAACUUCAUGCAAACCCAGACACCAGUUAUGCCGACAAACAAUCCCUAUUGGAAUCAAGCCGUCGUUAACACCAAUAAUAGCCCUAAUAAUCGACAAAAUUUCAAUACCAAUACAAAUGUGUACAACACUUACAAUCAGUUCCAGCAAAUUAAUACUUGGAAUCAGAGCUCAGGUAUAGGAAUCAAGCCGUCGUUAACACCAAUAAUAGCCCUAAUAAUCGACAAAAUUUCAAUACCAAUACAAAUGUGUACAACACUUACAAUCAGUUCCAGCAAAUUAAUACUUGGAAUCAGAGCUCAGCCGAUGGCGACCAACAAUUGUCAGCCACCGGAACCGAUUCCAACCCAAACUCAGACUCAACCGACACCCCAACAGCCCGUAUCUGUGAUGCAUAACAAGUGCCUUCAGACAAACAAUAAUACGUCCAUCGCUUAUAAUCAGUUGAGCGGCGCAUCUGUGCCGCAGAAGUGCCAAAACCAGACCAAUCCAGAGAUACAAUGCGGUAGCGUUGAGAGCACGGCAGCGGCCAAUCUGGCCAUCGCUAACCAAAACAAUAUGAGACCCGAAACAUAUCAGAGAACUCUGGACUACAUUCGCCAGCAAACCGAUGCACUCAACGGCCAGCCCUCGAGUCCGGGCAAUGUGUUAUCGCCCGCGGGUUCGUGCAAAGUGGUCAGCUCCACGUGUCCCACACCUAACCCCACGGCACUCAAUUCGGCCCAACAACAGCCACAACCACCACAACAGCAACAGGUGGUCAUCGCUCAGCCUCAACAAUGUCUGCGCCCGGCGUCGGCCAUGUCUGUCAUGUCGUGCCGGUCGACAUCGACUCAAUUGUCCACAAAUAUGGUGAUCAAUGAUCUAAACUCAACUCUCAAUUGUUUAGUAGAGGAAAGCCGUUUCCUUAAGAUGUCAAUCAAUUAA